CAUAGUCAAGAUACUUCCUUAUAUCCCCGGAAGUGUUCGGUAUUUUUUUGGUACCAUCGAUAAACAAAAUGUAAUCGUCAUGUAGCUUUGUACAUACAAUGACAUGCCUGUCAUUUUUCUUUUGGCUCAGAGGACAACCUUAACAAUGUCAAGUGGAGAAAAGCCCCCCCAAGGAUUGACUAUAGAUCGUGCAGCAUUUCUUCUUCUAAGGGUGAAAAGAGCUUUUAAAAAGAAAAAACAACAACGAAAGGAAAGAAGUACAACGAGUGGUGAAUGUAAAUCGGAUAUUAAGUCAUCAUCCCGUGCAACCAGUGGUACUAACGGUGGGGGUUGUUGCCGUCCAGCCCCUCUAUUACGAUCUAGUACUUUACCGGCAAUAGUAGCACCUGGUCUUAGCAUUCUGCAGAAGCAAAUCGAUGCUAGAUAUGCCAUGGCUUGUGGUACCGCUGCAUCUGGACCUGGAAGAGGAAGUUUUAAUGCUGCUGGAUUCAAUGAGCAAACAGAGAGGAUUGAGGCCGGUGUUAAAAGCACAAAAUUGUUAACACCAAGGAUUUUCUGCACUGAUGAAACCCUCGCUGGUGAGAGGAGAGUUUCGGAAAGUGUAAUAGAAGCUCAUCGGAAGGGUUCGAGGAGUGGUGAGCAUGUUAGUAGCCGAACUAGCGGAAGAUUGAGCAGCAGCAGUGUUUUGAGCACAUCCCAGCCUCUGACAAGGCUAGCAAGAUUGUUAAAUCAACGUCCAAGUUAUAUACCGAGUGAUAAUAUUACUCGUAGACUUUCAUGGGAAAGAAGGGGCGAUGGAAAUGGAAAUCACAUCGAGGAUUUUCCCUCUUCCCACUUUACGGUACCAAGGAGCACUUCGAUCGACAGUUUGGCUUGCGCCAACUGGAGUUACUUUUCAACUGGUCCAAUAUCAAGUGCACUUGGUGGAGAUGGAUUAUCGUAUGACAUACGCCGAGAUAGCGGAUAUGACUUCACGAGCGAGGCAUUCUCACCGCUACCUUAUCGAAAAAUCGCAAGUCCCUGUCCCAGUCCAACAGCAAGCCAAACAACAACACCACUUCUUCAUGUUCGUGGUGAACGCCAGAGCAUCUCCAGUAACAUUGGAAGAAGAAUAAAAGGCCAGCGAGCGAUUGUUGAGUUGCAAGCGCUUCAAAACAUGGAGUUCCUGGAAGGAUUUGGAAAGAAAAAUAAAAACCAACAUCAUAAUCAGACAAACCACUUGACAACAGGAACGAUUAAUCCCCUCGUGGCGCAACCCUCCCUCAACAUCCAUUUGCAUGCUCUAUUUACGGCUAUCGAGCAGGGCCAGUUGGACAAAGCAAAAACGAUAUUGGAAUCGGCGGAUAUCGACGUCAAUUGUGUUAACAGCGAUGGCUUAACACCACUGGAUGUGGCAGUUUUGGACAACAAUAAAUCACUCAUAAAAAUGCUCGUUGCAUAUGGCGCAAAGGAAGGAAAUCAAUUCAAAUCUCCGGAGUGCCUCGGUAGUCACUUGGCAUCACUACUGCUGUCAGCCGAGCACAGACUCAAUGAAGUAGGUGGAACUGAUGGGGCUUUGGGGACGAGUUCAACUUCAUUUCUGGAUGCUACGAGUGCUAGGGCGAGUUUCUCAACGGCGCACAAUAAUUUAACCGGAUGCGGGGGCAAUACCGAGGACAAACAAGUGGCCCUGUGGGAGAGAAGAGUUAGAACACUGAGAAAGAUGCUGCUGGGAUUCGACCAAGCUAGGCCUCCAGAUGCGCCAUUUAUGGCGAGCAUUGAUGUAAUAGGGACAAAGUCGGUCUCAAUACGUUUUCAAGAGACUGAAACACAGGACUCUUACGUAUGCAGUAAAUUUCGAGUGCAAUGGAGUACGAAAGAAGACUUUUCGAUUAUCAUUGGAGAGAGAGAAGUAUUCGAUAUGAAACAACGUGAGUGCCGCAUCGAUGGACUCAUUCAGGGCCAGAGAUAUUACUUCCGGGCUUGCGCGGGUAAUCUCAAGGGAUACAGUAGAUUUAUUAUUUCGAGUCCAUGCAGCGUUAUACCGAGCAGUUGGCGUGACGUUGAUGGAAAGCAGCCGAGGUUUGCCGGUCGUUUAGAACAAUUGGAUUCACUUUUCACAGACAUAAAACGCCCUGAAUAUACCCAAGAUACGCCAGCUCUACAGAGACGAAAUCACAAGAAGAAAACAACAAUAAAACAACUUUUCACAGCAACGAGUAAAUUUCAGAAAAGCCUGAGACGCGGUGUUUAUCUUGCCUGCGUACUCUAUCAUGAGGAUAAAGUAUUAGUGACGAAUGAAGAUUUCUUGCCGGUAAUUGAAGUGGAUGAAACCUAUCCAAGCUGUAUUCAUAAUGAUUAUCACUGGUUAAUGAAGGUGGCGUGUACGUGGGAUGAUGUUAAAAUCCUGAAACAGGACAUGGAGAAGAGCCAUAGCAGCUCAACAAAUCAUUUCCGCCUUAAAUUAUUACAGGCUGCGGCGCAGAUGCAAACGGCACUUUGUAUUCAAGAUUUGGGCCAAGUAUAUCAUAAGCCCAUCAGAGAUGUUCAGGGUACUCUCGUGUUAUCGACAAUUAACUUUAUUAAAUCACCUAAGUUAGUGUCGUUGCUUAAUAGUAGAUGGUUACCCUUAAGCAAAGUCAAAAGGAAGAUAACAAUUCAUGAGGACAGUAAUGUGGCCGACAUUUUGAUGGCAAGCAUCAAGGACCAAAUGACGUAUCAUCAGUUGAGUAGUGUUAAACUGAGUAAAGGUCUGUAUCUCGGUUACUUGAAGAUGCAGAGUAGCGUUGAUCUGAUACAAAUUGUCGUACCAUCAAAAGCUCCAAAUUUUCUGCCGCACUGUAAAGUACGUGAUAAUCCACACGUAUCAGCUGAAGAGUGGGAGUACUUGAAGAAAAUAACCCGAAUUCAGGCACGUUGUGAUGAUAAAUCCAAGGAUAAAGAGAGAGGCGAGGAGAAAGAGAAUGAUUAUGAUUACGAUAAUGAUAGUGAAUGGAGUAAGAAUCAAGGUAACGAGCAGCAGAAACUUUUUGUCGAUCUCGUAUCAGCUACUGCGAGACGUUUGUUCUCGUAUAUGGAGGUGAACUCGGAUGAUUCAUUAAUUCACCGGCUUUAUGACGCUGAGGUGAUUGAACUCACUGAUGAGGUAUCAUUUCUCAUCGUUGUACCCCCUGCCGAAACGGCGUGCUCUGUACCAGGCACAAGGGAAAUUCUUUUACAACGUGAUGAUCUUCUUUCAUUACCUAUUCAAAUAUUUGAAAUGGUCCAUUUAAAUACUUAUCAGAAAGAUGUUGUAAAUAGAUAUUGUCGGCUAAGCUGUAUACUGGAGUUGGAUACAGCCCAGGCACAACAUAGUCAUCGUGAGGCAUUCAGUUCAAUCGAAGUUAGCGUAGCCAAGGACAAAUUGUCGAGACUUGAGCAACUCCAGACGCAAAUGAAUGCCAUUUGGAAGGGUGCUAGGUGGUUAAUUGAUGUCAUAACUUUUGCAAGGGCCCGUGGAUCGUCACAGUACGCAGGUCUCAUGACAAGUAAUCCAAACUCGGCGCUAACAUUAUUGACCACGACGGCUGGUAUUUCAAUGCGUUAUUUAUUGAAUAUUGAGAGAUGUCAUAAUAAAACAAAUGGCUUGAAGAGAAGUUUAUUGCAAUUACCACCGCGCGAUCUAAAACUGGUUAAAUCAAGUCCAGGAAGGGGUAGUUGGCCGGGACCAAACAUCUCAAAUUCAGCGACGAAUUUAUUGACCACAGAAUUUAGCAAGAGUGAACAGCAAUUACCAUGUGGGGGCCACACUACUGAGGGACAAGUUAACAAUCAAACCGCUUUCAUUCGUCAUGAAGAGGCUCUAACACCGUCAAUAAUUGAUGAAAGACAUUCGCGAAAAGGCAGUGAUACAUCGAAUUAUUCAACUGUCUCUGAGCCAGUUCGGUCAAACCAUCCCAGUUAUCACACGUCAGCCUCUGCUCUGGCUAUUAGGGAUGGGGCUAACAUCAAAUUACUACCUCCAUCAAAAUCCGAGGACACUCUGUUGCUCAGCCAAUACAGGCAUAUAUCGAAGAGUUGUGAAUCGACGCAAUCGACUGUAUCAAUGACUGUGUCUGUAUCGACAAGUCCUCAGCUCGUUAGUAAACCCAUGUAUGGCAAUACAUUGGCGGGAUCAACGAAUCAAGUUGGAUUAGCCAAUACAACGAGCUUAUUGAGCGUCAAUACAGCUACUAGUAAUGCCAAUAGCACCAAUAGUUUAAACUCACUGAACGAUGAUUACAGUGGGGAGCAGAGUAUGUCAAUAGUGAGAAUUAAAAGUAAGAGCUCAAAACCGAGUGCUAGUGUUGCAUCGGUAGCAAGUUGCUCAUUACCGAAUUCCAAUCAGAGUAAUAAUGUCGAAAAUAAGGACCAAACGUCGAUGGCCAUGCCAGCACCUUUGCCCGGUAUAUUACAAGUGUAUGCGGCUUAUGAGACCGGUCUUGCAGCUGGUACAAGCCUAAAGCUACAUGUUACACCGAGAACCACAGCAAGGGAAGUUGUCGAUCUGGUUGUUAAGCAACUCAACAUGGCUGUUGUCCUUAAGGGACAGCAAGGACCAAUUUACGUGAAUGAGGAGUUACCCAACUUCUGUUUGGUUGCGGUUAUUGGUGCACGAGAGAGAUGUUUGCGAGAUGAUUUCAAACCACUUCAAUUGCAGAAUCCAUGGAAGAAGGGCAGAUUGUAUGUCAGGCUCAAGCAGGAUGUACUCGCAGCCCUUGAACAUAGCAGCAAACAUACCGCUUACUUGUAGCCAUUCCAAUUGAUUUCUACAAUGUUCUUCAAGUCAAUAAUUGUACGACUGGAAUUAUUAGUUCAAAUUUAGUGAUGUAUAUUUUAUCUCGUAUUAAUUUCAUUGUUUAAUUAUUUAUUAGGUGACUCGAGUUCACUAUAUUCAUUUUAUCAUUUAUGCGUCAUUAGUAUCCAUUUUUAUAUUGUAUAUAAAGGGUAAUAUUAAUAUUCCUUGGUGAACUUACUAGCCACUACGAUCUCGAUUGAUCAUAUUACGAUAUAUUAAAUUCUAUAUGACUGGAUUGUCUAAUAUAACACUAGCAAAGAGAUGAUAAAUCAUAGACUGCUGUAGGAUAAAAGUGAAGAACCUUCGAUAUAUUUAAUUCUAAGGAAUUGAAAGUAAAAAAUGAUAAUUGGAGAGAAAAAAGAAGAGAAAUUUGAAAAAAAUGUACAAAAAAUAACUCAAGCAUAUUAACAUUAUUUUAAGGGCCACUGUUGUUGUUUAUGAUUUAUUAACUGUUAUUCAAUUAACGGUUCUAGUAAAAAAAAUACAAAUUGUAUUGUAAAUAUUCAUUAUUAAGAUUUUAUGUUUAGAACAUUGAUGAAGACGAACUUUGGUGUGCGUGAUAUAUAAUAUUGUCAGCCAUGAUUUUGGGGUAACGGCUAACAAUAAGAGAUUAUAGACGUCCAUUGUGUGUUAUUGAUAGUCUAAUAUAUGUCUAUUUUCAAACUCAUGAUUAUUAUCAAUGAAUAAUUAAUCAAUGUGAUAAAUCGAUCGGGCAACGUCCGUAGUAAAAACGGGUGUUCACGAAUUUAAACGUCCACCAAUUUUAAAUGCAACGAUUAAGUUAUAAAUUUUAGAGGACAAUGGGACUAGACAUUAGCGACAUGUUGAGGAAGUGAGUAUGAGCAGAGAAAGCAAGAGGAUAUGACAGACCCCAAAAUGUACCUUAAUGGAAAAAAAGGAAAAUCUGAUGGUAGUAUGAUGUGAAUUUUGCCCAUUCCAAGUCAAAUAACUUUCUAAUGUUUUUAUGUAUGCAAUCGGUAUAUAUUUAUCAAUAUAAAGAGAUUCUAUUGAAGAAAGAGGAACCCCAAUUUCGGUCCAAUUGAAUGCAGUACGAUUAUAUCGAAGAACAACAACUUUGAAAUUCCAUCACUUUUGAAAAGGCAGUUUUUCGUGUCUAUCAGUGUUAAAUAUAAGAUAUUAAGUGGCAACAAUGCAAAAACUUUAAAUUAGAGCUCUAUGGAAUCACUAAAAUGGAACGAAGCAAAGUAACACCAAUAAUUGCAUCAUCGAAUUAUAAUUGGAGAUGUAACAAAAAUUUAAUUAAUCUAUAUUAUAUAAUUACGAGAAUCUAAAUGAGAUGAUGUAGAGUCGGUAGAAAUGAUGAUGAGAAAAAUUGUAAUUUAUUUUAAUUCCCGAAGAAAAGAGAAAAAAAAUGUAAAACAUGUUGAGAUUGAA